AUGGCUCCGCCAAUUACCAUACCUGACCCCUCCACGCUGGGCAUGGUGGCGCAUAACAAUCAGGGGUACAUUGUCAUUGUCACUGUGAUAGUUUGCUUCUUGAUUGCAACUCCUGCAACGGUGGGCAGGAUCUAUACUCGCAAGUUCAUUAUUGGUCAAUUAUGGAUAGAUGAUUACCUUACAAUGUUGGCUUGGACCCUCAUGUUCGCGCUCGGUAUUACAGAGUGCGUGCAAGUGCGAUACGGUGCUGGCGCCCAUAUAUGGGACUUGCCUCAACCAGACGGGAUUCUGCUAUUCCAGGCAAAUUGGGCAGGCGUUUUGCUGUACAACCUUUGCCUGUGUGCGACGAAAUCCAUGUUCUUUUUUCAGUAUUACCGUGUCGUCAAGGAUAUAACAAAGCUCAAAAUUAUAUACAGUCUUGUCGGCGUCCUCGUGAUGGCAUGGUCGAUAGGUCAAGUCAUUCUCAUUCUCGUCAAUUGCGUCCCUAUCGCGGGCAACUGGGACCCAAACAUUGAUGCCAAAUGCAUGACUCUCCCCGAAACAUAUGGAAUAUGGAUGACAUCUGCCGGAAAUUUGGCAACCGAUGUCAUCAUUUUAAUUCUACCGAUUCCAGUCGUAUGGAACUUGAAUUUGAAAAAGAAACCCAAGUUGAUUCUACGGGGUGUCUUUUGUCUAGGUUUCUUCACCUGCUUGAUAUCGUCACUGCGCAUGUUUGCCUUGAAGAAGACUGCAGACAUGACAUAUGACGCAGCCUCUCUGCUGUGUUGGUCCAUAGCAGAGGUCGCGUCUGGCGUCACUUGCGCGUGCAUACCCACGCUGCGCCCGCUGGCUUCAAAGUACCUCUCGUCUGCCUUUGGUAGCUCUGGAUCUGGGAACCGCCAGUCUUCUCGGGGCUACGAAAAUUACGGGUCCAGCGAGAACCGCAAACGGAGGCGCGAGAGUCGCGGGGUAUUCGUCAGCGAUAACACGCUCGUUGAGGGAGACGAUCAGAAUUUUGAGCUCGGUGCGGGCAAGUCGGUGCCUGUCCAUGUUAGACAAAAGUCGGACGUCGAAAGUCCCACAAAGUGA